UGACAACGGUGUUUGGAAUUCUGACACGUCAAAAGGAACACCGCAACGUUAGAAUGCCGGAACAACAAGGAGAGACUGAUGAAUUGUUUGACGUUAAAACUCAAUUUUAUAUUGGGAACUACCAAUCGGCCAUCAAUGAAGCUCAGAAGUUGAAGCUGAACAAUACCCUUCAGAAGCUUGAACGUGAUAUCUUUGUUUAUCGAGCUUAUAUUGCUCUGAAGAAAUAUGGAGUUGUCCUUAAUGAAAUUCAUGGGGCUUCACCACCAGAGCUUCAACCAUUAAAACAACUUGCAGAGUAUUUAUCUCAGUCUAGUAAGAGGGAAUCAAUAGUUCUCAAACUUGAUCAACAAGUAUCUGGGAAUAUAGAUGUUAAUAACCAUGUCUUUCUCCUUGUUGCAGCAACUAUAUACUACAAUGAGGGUAGCUAUGAAACUGCUCUUAAAGUCCUGCAUCAGUCAGAUAAUUUAGAAUGUCGUGCACUUAUGCUUCAAACACAGUUAAAAAUGGAUCGUGUAGACCUAGCCAAAAAAGAACUGAAAACAAUGCAAGAGAUUGAUGAUGAUGCAAUUUUAACACAGCUUGCUUCUGCUUGGGUCAACCUUCUUGUGGGAGGAGAAAAACUGCAAGAAGCCUAUUAUACAUUUCAAGAGCUUGCAGACAAAAAUACACCUACUGCAUUAUUGUUGAAUGGACAGGCUGCUUGCUUUAUUGGACAAAGCAAAUAUGAAGAAGCAGAAUCUGCACUUCAGGAUGCCCUUGAGAAGGAUUCCAAUAACACAGAUACACUAGUGAAUCUUGUUGUACUUAGCCAACUUUCUGGCAAGACCCCUGAAGUCUGCAACCGCUAUCUAAGCCAACUGAUUGAUACUGCGCCUGAACAUCCAUUCGCCGUAGAAUUCCAGGCCAAAGAAAAAUAUUUUGAUUUGCUCGCUAAGCAAUAUGUGGUGACCGCUUGAAUCUGAGGAUGUGGCAUGAAAUAAAUUUCCAAUUAAUAUGUUAA